AUGGCCUCAAGACAAGCUCCCCGUGCUCUCCGCAACGCCGCCAGGCAAUUGGCUGCCGCUCCUGCCCAGAAGCGCACCUUUGUCUCGGCCAUCAGCGCUGCUUCCCGCACAGCUGCCCCCAAGGCUGCUGUCUCCACCCGGUUCCAGCAGACCCGUGGCAUCAAGACCAUCGACUUCGCUGGCACCAAGGAGACCGUCUACGAGCGCGCCGACUGGCCCAAGGAGAAGCUUCUCGAGUACUUCAAGAACGACACCCUUGCCCUCAUCGGCUACGGCUCCCAGGGUCACGGCCAGGGUCUCAACCUCCGUGACAACGGCCUGAACGUCAUCGUCGGUGUACGAAAGAACGGUGCCUCGUGGAAGGAGGCCGAGCAGGAUGGCUGGGUCCCCGGCAAGAACCUGUUCGACAUUGACGAGGCCAUUGGCAAGUCCACCAUUGUCAUGAACCUGCUCUCCGACGCCGCCCAGUCCGAGACAUGGCCCCAGAUCAAGCCCCAGCUUGCUGGCAAGACCCUCUACUUCUCCCACGGCUUCUCCCCUGUCUUCAAGGACCUCACCAAGGUCGAAGUCCCCACCGACAUUGACGUCAUCCUCGUCGCCCCCAAGGGCUCCGGCCGCACUGUCCGCACUCUCUUCCGUGAGGGCCGCGGUAUCAACUCCUCCAUCGCCGUCUACCAGGACGUUACCGGCAAGGCCGAGGAGAAGGCCAUCGCCCUCGGUGUUGCCGUCGGCUCCGGCUACCUCUACAAGACCACCUUCGAGAAGGAGGUCUACUCCGACCUGUACGGUGAGCGUGGUUGCCUGAUGGGCGGAAUCCACGGCAUGUUCCUCGCCCAGUACGAGGUUCUCCGCGAGCGCGGUCACUCUCCCUCCGAGGCUUUCAACGAGACCGUCGAGGAGGCUACCCAGUCGCUGUACCCCUUGAUCGGCAACUACGGCAUGGACUACAUGUACAACGCCUGCUCCACAACUGCCCGCCGUGGUGCUCUCGACUGGCAGAAACGCUUCAAGGAUGCGCUGAAGCCCGUCUUCAACGACCUCUACACAUCUGUCGCUGACGGUACCGAGACCAAGAGGUCGCUCGAGUACAACUCCCAGCCCGACUACCGCGAGAAGUACGCUGCCGAGCUCAAGGAGAUUGACGACCUUGAGAUCUGGCGCGCCGGAAAGGCUGUCCGCGGUCUGCGCCCUGAGAACAAGUAA